GCAGGCGCAGCUUGUGGGUGCCAUAGUAACCAGAGCCUACUGGCAGCUGUUAGCCCUCAAGCAGACAUCAGCGGUCAACAUGGCCAAGGCAACCACCUUGAAAGAAGCUUUAAACAAAUGGGAAGAGAAGAACGGGGAGAAAGCAAAUGAGGCUAAAGAAGUUAAACUGUACGGUCUGAUUCCCCCUAUAGAGAAGAUGGAUAACUCUCUCAAUGCAUUGGGCCUCUGCGAGAAGCUGUCUCUGGCCACAAACGCUAUUGAGAAAAUAGCCAAUCUCAACGCCCUCAAGAACUUGAAGAUACUUUCAUUAAGCAGAAAUAACAUAAAAAGUCUUGUAGGGUUGGAGAGUGUUGGAGACACUUUGGUGGAGUUAUGGAUUUCCUAUAAUUUAGUAGACAAACUGAAAGGCAUCAGCUCCUUGCAUAAACUGAAAGUCCUCUACAUGUCCAACAACCUUGUUAAAGAAUGGGCAGAGUUUGUGAGGCUUGCUGACCUGCCCAGCUUGGUGGAUCUGGUUUUUAAUGGAAACCCGCUGCAGGAGAAACAUGCCACGGAGGGAAGCUGGAUGGACGAAGCCUCCAAAAGGCUUCCUAAUCUAAAGAAACUAGACGGAAUUCCCAUCAUCAAGGAGGUGGACGAAUAAGAUGAAACAAGCAAAAAAAAAAAAAGAAAAAAAAGACAAAAACUAUUGUCUUUCCCUUUUUUAUGUUGUGCAUAUUUUAUAAUGGUGCUUUCAAUUAAAAAACAUAUUGAACAAAGUUGAUGACUGCUGUUCAACAAGCACAGAAUUUCUCAAAUCUCCUUUAAUUUAUUAUCAGUCAUUGCCAAAUCUCAGAUAUUUCUCAAAACUUGCAUGUGUAUUCACAUGGACAGCAUUUCUUUUAAUGUGAUUUAUAGCGUCGAUUUUAUUUUAUUUUUUAUCAGACUGUUAAAUAAAAAAAGAUGCUUUCUGACUAAAGCUCAGCUUGGUGGACCAAAACUGUUUGGUUGGUUGAAUACAUUCUCUAAAGUGUCCUUCAUUUUACUUAAGAACUUAAGUACAGAGUAAACACAUACUAAAGAGGAAAAUCAAUUUCUAGGUUCAGUUAUGAAGCACUUGAAAAUGUUUUCCGUCAUUAUAUCAAAAAUGUAAAAACUUUUACUUGUUCGUUCUGAUUAAGGAGAUGCGAGUGGGUUGAUUUCUCUUCUGGACAUUUAUUAGAUGGGUCAGUGUGAUGAGAAGAUUGCAUGGUGGUCAUUUAAGACUGAAUAAUAUACUUGAGAGAUGCAGGGAGGAGAGACUGUGGUUCUAAUUUUGUGCUUCCCAGGAAUAUCGGUGCUCUAUACCAGCAUUAUCUAUUGACUGACCUUGACUGCCGACUGCAGCUGCACAAUGUGUCCACAAACUAUGAUAAAUCUCUGCAGCGCCCUGAGCUGUUGAGCAUUGCCGAUAAGAAUACAUGUCCUUAUAUGGCAUAUGAGGGGCCUCUGUUUGGAGUUAAAAAAAAUGUCUGCCUCAACAAGUAGCACAGUUUAUACCGUUUUAUCAAAUAAGAAAUUUGUAAAAAAAGAUAUAAAGCAGAUAGAAAAUACAGUAUUUUGCCUUUAAAAACAGUUUGCUUUUGUUUGAAGAGAAGGGAACCAUAUUUGGGAUUAAUGCAGAGCCAAAAAUAGCAGAAUCAAUAUUAACAUGACCAAACUAAACAGUUUGAAGUGCUGUUUUAAAACAUUUGUUCUGCUUAUCAGGAUUUUUUAUUUUUAUUUUUUUUACUGUGGUCUGUUUCAUUGUGUCACUUACAAAAAAAUAAGUUCAGUGUGUGUUGCAUGCCUUUUACUUCCACCUUUUGAGGUAAAAGGCUCUGCAGACACGGCUUAUGGUGUAUAAUAUGUUGUAUACUAAUACUAAUUUGUGAAAUCAUUUAUUUCUUUUUUUUUUAGACAUUGAUGUUCAGAAAUGAGUCAUGAAGCAGGCACAAUUAUAGAAUAAUCAGUAAACUUUAGGUUGUGCUUCCCAUUACUUUAACUAAUAAGUGAAUACUUUGAAUAAAAGUGGUGAAAGAUCACAGGGGAGAACAGGAGGAAGAUAUAUCAGAUAAAACUCCUUUAACCCCAACCCUUAAGGUCUGUUAAAAAAUCAAUAAGCCAGCAAACUAAAUUAUGGCUAUUGAGAAAGCUGGUUGACUGUUUGUCAUGUAUGCCUGCAUUUCUUGUUUCACAAUGUCAGUCAAGAAUCAAGUGAUCUGCAGAGUAGGGGCUCCUCAAAUUGAAUUGCUUUUAGCUUUCAGAGUAAAUAUUGUAGCGCUCCAUGUAUGUAAAUGUGAUGGUCAUGUGCUUCACAGUCAUGUGUGUGUUGUUUGUCAGUAAAAGAAAAAGCUUUGUUCUCUCUCAGGAUAUAACUGCGACAUAUAAAGGUGCCCCACUCCACCAUUGGGUCCAGGAUUUAAAGUGUUAUCAAAAAAAAAAAAGGCUUCUAGCCAUAGUCAAAACCCUGCCUCUUCCUUGGAUAAGUAAGCAUGACCUUGUAAAGUGCCUCACGAUUUAUUUACUGACUUGCUGCUAAAGCAAAAAAGGUAUGUCUCCUAAAAGUUUUUUUUUUGUUUUGCUAAGACUUCUUGAUUAGGCUAAACUCUAUGAACGAGACAAGGGAUGAAAACAUGUCAAUCCACCAUUUACAAAGUGCAGACACCAAAAACUAUUUAUUCAAGAAAACUGAAAAUUGCAUGCAUUAUAGUAGAAUAAAGUCAGAAAGAUGGUAUGAUUUCUUCUUGUCAGAUGUCUGAGAAACCCCCCCCCAGAAUUUAAGCAGUAAAGAGUGCUAUGCUAAACAUGUAAAAGGUUAUUUACACAUUAAGAAUUGGGCAUGUGGCUUUGACAUGAAAAUGUCUUAUUAUCACAGAGAUUUGUGUGUUUUUGCAGUUUGACAUUUCUUUUCCGAUCACGGAUACUCCCUGUUCGAGUUAUGAACACUACAGUGAUUAUAAUAAAUCUCAUAUUAAAAGUAA